AUGUCUGAGUCCAAAGGUCCCACUUUGAAGCUCAAGUUCGGCAAGAAGCCUGCAACACCGCAGCCACCCCCAGAGCCUGCGCCCGCCGAACCAUCGUCACAACCCAAGCUCACGCUGAAGAUCGGUCGCAAGAACCAACCCCCACCCGAUGGCUCUGAGGAGAAAGCAAAGAAGAAAAAAGCACCAUCGAAAAAGCGUCCUGCCGACAAUGCUACAGUACCAGAAACCGCAGCAGCGCCGCCGGGCCCCAAGCGACUUAAACUGAACACUUCCAAGCUGAAGUCGAUCCGCAUCAAAAACAAAGGCCAUGUACCUAACCGACCAGUCGGCGUUGGCUAUGACUCUGAAGCUUCAGAUACGGAAAUUGACCCUGCAAUCGAGGAGCAGUUCAUUUUACGGAUGCUGCCGGGCGAAGAUUGCGAAUAUCUACGAAAAGCCAUUGAGGAGAGAAAAUUUGACAAAUCCGAGUUUUCAUUCAAACCGCUCACUCGUGAAGGACGACGCGCGAUUCUGAAGAUUCGAAACAAACAAUAUGCUUGUUGUCUUGUCGACCUUCCCUGCAUCAUCGAGGGUAUGAAGAGCUGGGACCGACGAGGCUGGUACAAGUCGGCGGAUAUUUGUCAGAUGCUGCUGGUACUUGGGACAGUAUCAAACGAUCAGGAAGCUCUGGAAUAUCCUUUACCGCCUGAGGUCGAGGCUUCUGACCCGAAGACGCUACAAUACCCUCACGGUUUGGCACCGCCCCUGCGCUGGGUUCGCAAGCGGCGUUUUCGCGACCGAGUCAGCUCACGUACAAUCGAGCAAGUGGAGAAAUCCGUCGAGGACUUGAUUGCACAGGAUGAGCAGUCUCUCUUUCCCCCUCGGUUCGAUCUGGUGGAUAGUGCAUCCUUGAACCGUGCCGAAGGCUUUGUACAGGAGGAUUACGAGGAGGACUAUGAUGAGGAGCAAGAUGCUGAGGGCGAGAUUGACGAGAUGCUGGAUGACUUUGAGGACGACCUGGCGGCAGAGAUGGAAGCUGCACUGGCAGCCGGGGACGAUGACGCCGCAGCUGCGGUUACAGAGGCAGUCCAGGCCGCGACCGCAUCAACACCAGCUGCACCCACGGACCGCGGAGGUGAUUCUUCGGGCGAUGAGAAUGAUGUCUCCGACGAGGACGAUGAUAUCCCCGAAGAUGACCUUGACGAGGAACAGCUGGAGCAACAACGCCAGCUUCAGCAGCACCGAGAAGAGAUUGCUGAACUUGAAGCCCUCAUCCAGACCGAGACUGCCAAUUGGCAGACAGUGCAAAACCACAUUUUACGCAACAAAAUGGGUCGCCGAAUCCAAGAGCUCAAGAAAGAUUUGGAGUUGAAGAAGGUGUCUGUUGGCUUGCCGGGCGAGAAUGACGUCUGA